GUACAACUAGGGGCGACGACCCGUGCGUGCAUUGUGCAUGAUGAGGCUGGCCUGCGAAAGAAGAAACGAGCUGGCAAGCCACGAUGCGCAGCUUGCAUGGCAGGGCGCUUGCCCACGCCCGCUUCGCUAUUGCCAGGCUUUUCUUCAGCAAAGCGGAGAAGCCGCCACAAUUGUCUGCAUCCCUACAGGUAGAGCAUCUUUUGCAAGCUCUACCCCUUGGGAGCUGUUCUCUGCACACGAGCUUCCAAUCGUGUAGAAUUGGCUCUUUUACUGGGCAAGCAACUGGAAGAGUUGCGGAGUUUGCGACUUGGCCAUCAGAAAGUGGUGCAACUUCAAACGAAGAAGUAGAUGUUGGAGUUGAGACUCGAAAAUGUUCCGCCGUCUUCAAAGGGCAAGGAAGUAGAUCCGUCAGGGAAAGGCUGUUCAGAACAAUGAGCAGCGCAGCAUCUGAAAGGGAAGGGAAGGACUUUGGAGAGGUGCCUGUGAGCAUAGCCAUCGGUGGCAAUAUAGGUGACCGUUUGGGCAAUCUGCACAACGGUCUCCAGCUGAUGCGGGCCGCUGGGAUCAAAACAGUCUGGACAUCCAACCUCUACGAAAGCGCCCCAGCUUACGUAACCGACCAGCCAGCGUUUUUGAAUGGGGUCGUUGAGGUGCGGACGGGACUGGCCCCUCUGGAGUUACUGAAAACCUUGAAGCGGGUUGAAGCGGAGUUGGGAAGGGACUUUGGGGGCCAGCGCUUUGGGCCUCGACCAUUAGAUCUUGAUAUUCUCUACUAUGGACGAGGGGCGAACGAAGUGGUGAUGAAGACGGAGGUGCUCGAAAUUCCGCAUCCGAGGAUAUCGGAGCGCGGUUUCGUGCUCCAACCUCUCCUUGACGUGCUCAGUAAGGACUCAGACCGACACGGCGUUUCAGACAAGGUUCGGAAGAUGGUCGCAGAAGGGGGAACGAAUCCAUACGCGGAGAAGGGAACACCACCCCGGCUUUUUGAGGGGAUCCCCCCGGGUCUGGAACGGGUGGUGCCGUUAAACGGAGAGCUGAGGAAUCCUGCCAAGCGAGUGCUAAUCAUGGGCAUCCUCAACGUAACGCCCGACAGCUUCAGCGAUGGGGGCAGGUAUGACGACACGGAAGCGGCGGUCUCUCGCGCACGGAAGAUGGCCGAGGAGGGCGCUGACAUCAUCGACGUCGGGGGGCAGUCCACGCGACCUGGGGCUACUCGGCUGACCACGGAGGAAGAGCUGGCAAGGGUCGUUCCGGUGAUCCAGCGGCUGGCAGCGGACCCGGAAAGGCUACACGGCGCAUGCCUAUCCAUCGACACGUUCGACUCGAAAGUAGCGAGGGCCACAGUUGAGGCCGGCGCGCACAUGGUGAACGACGUUUCGGGCGGCGCUCUAGACCCGGACAUGUACUCGACAGUCGCCGACCUCCGGGUGCCGUACGUCCUGAUGCAUAUGCGGGGAGAUCCGACCAAUAUGCAGAGCAAGUCGAAUACCACGUAUUCAGACGUCACGGCGGACGUUGCUAGAGAAUUGAUGCCUCGGAUACGAGCCGCCAUGGAGGCGGGCGUCCCGGCCUGGAACCUGAUUCUUGAUCCCGGCGUUGGCUUCUCCAAGAAGGGGGCGACCAACUGCCAACUAAUACGAGACAUUCCGAAGCUGCGGCGCGAGCUGGCGGAAAGCGGGGUUUACGGCCUUGCGGACUUGCCCAUUCUGAUCGGGCCCUCUCGAAAGAAGUUCCUUGGUGACAUCACUCGUGUGAAGACGCCCGAGGAGCGAGACGUUGCCACGGCCGCAGCGGUGGCCGUCGCAAUGGAACGAGGGGCGAACAUUGUAAGGGUCCACAACGUAGCACUUAUCAAACAAGCAAUCCAAGUCAUCGAGACAAUCAAGAGCCCCAGCUAGAGUGUUGUCCCAUCUUGGUCUUCCGUUUUAUCCAGCCUUUCGGUAGCGAAGAGGUUUAAUUCAUCAUCAGCUACUCUUGAUGCUCGAUCAUCAACACCUAGGUAUGACAACCGCUUGUCAUGAUGCUUGGCAUGCUUGGUGCGGCAGUGAUCUGUACGGUCCCGCAUCAGUUGGGAUGUAAUGGGCCAUUUGUGCUCCCCUAGCUGCGCGCAAGUGUCCAAUUGCGUACCUACCAGCUUUCAAACUCAACAGGAUCC